UAUUGAGUAUAUAACUUAAAAGUCCACAUGCACUCUCAUCUUAUUUGCCGCUAACCUCCGACAACAAUUGGCCGGAAACAGCCACCUUCACCGCCGUGUUCAUCAACCGUUUUCGAUGGAUAAAAACUAUUUGCAACUGUUUGUUGACGAGACGUCGUUGACCAACCGAAUGGUGCUAGGAACGCUGCUGCCGGAGAAGAUAUGGGAGCCGUUACCACACUUUUUUCAGACGUGGCUCCGGAACUACACCGCCGGAACCUUAGUUUACUUCAUCACAAGUUUUCUUUGGAGCUUCUAUUUUUAUUACUACAAGCAUAAUAUUUAUGUUCCUAAAGAUGCUAUCCCUUCUAGGAAAUCAAUGCUUCUACAAAUAUAUGUUGCAAUGAAGGCUAUGCCAUGGUACUGCCUUCUUCCCACGGUCUCGGAGUACAUGGUCGAAAACGGAUGGACCAGAUGUUUUUCGCGGAUAAGUGAUGUCGGAUGGUUCUCCUACACUUUCAACUUGUGUUUGUAUCUAGUGAUUGUCGAAUUCGGCAUCUACUGGAUGCACCGCGAGUUGCAUGACAUUAAACCUUUGUACAAAUACCUUCAUGCAACUCAUCAUAUCUACAACAAACAAAACACACUUUCACCUUUUGCUGCUAUGUUUCCUAAAGGGUUGUGUUAAACGUAACUCUCCCUCUCUAUUUACUCUUUGUUGUGCCCCCUUUAAGUUGUCAGCUCACUUAGGGGUGUAAACAAGCUGAGCCGGGCCCUAGCUUGCUUAAGCUUGAGCUUUACUCGUUUAAGUGUUUAACCGACGAGAGUUCAAGCUCAAGCUAGCUCAUUUCGGUCUUUCACUACUACAAAAUAGAGCAUAAGACGGUGUUCAAUAUUUGGUUUAGACGGUGUUAUUAAAAUAACACCGUCUUAAAAUCAAUUCCUCACAUGACCGUUGUGCAAAUCCAAUUAAAAUAUUCAACAAAAUUCCAUAAAACACCGUCUUAUGCUUCAACACCGUCUUAUGGUUACAUACGCACCCUUUAGACGGUGUUCCCUUUGAACACCGUCUUAUAUGCUCAUGCUUUAGACGGUGUUAUUUUAAUAACCCCGUCUUAAAAUCAAAUCCUCACAUGACCGUUACACCAACCCAAUUAAAAUAAUCAACAAAAUUCCAUACAACACCGUCUUAUGCUUAAACCCCGUCUUAUGUGUACAUAGCACCCUUUAGACGGUGUUACCUUUGAACACCGUCUUAUAUACUCAUCAAAUUCAAAUCGCAGAAGCUCCAACAACCCACCAAAUCUUCAUCUUUCUUCCAACUUUCUCACCUUCUUCAUUCUCUCAUCUUCUUCAUCCAACUUUCUCACCUUCUUCACUUAAUUUCAUCAUUAAGAAGCUUUUAAAGCUUUAAGAUGGAUCGCGAUUGGAUGUACUACCGAAAUCGUACAGAUGAAAUAUAUAUAAUGGGUGUUCAAAGUUUUCUUAAGGCCGCCGAAGCUCAUCGCGUGAAUAUGGGAGAUCGAUUAAUAUUUUGUCCCUGUGCAUCGUGUACAAAUUUUCAAAAAUUUGAUAUCAAAGAAAUAAACUUUCAUUUGUUUA